AUGUGCGGGAGUGAGAGAGAGAGCAGAGGACCAGAUGAGAGAAAGAAAGAAAGAAAAAAGGUGUUGACUGCAAAAGGUAAGAGGGAUAGAGAAAGAGAAGGAAGGCACGACAGAAAGAAAGAGAGUCUUGUUUUAUUUUUUUUUUCUCUCUCUUUGCUCCCUCGUUGACCCCGCUUUGGCAGAGGCUGGCCAGAAAAGGCUGCACACCCCUCCCUGGCAAGCACAGGAGAGCCUCAUGUGCCUGCUGCUCCAUCCUGGAUUCAUCUCAGCAAAACGCAGGACGAUACGCUUGGAUGAUGACGGGUAUGUACUAAAAAACAAUCCCGAUUUUUUAUUGUAUAAUUCCUCGAAACUAACAUGCAUAUUUGACUCUUCUAUUUGCAGACAAUUGUCAUAGUUUUCAUGCGUAAAAGUUCAUUUUUAUUCAUUGAAAUGUUAGAAUUUUUUUAUUUUAAGGCUGGUGACUUGAUUUAACAGAAAUGCCUUUUUUUCUUCUCGCACUUUCCCCCCUUUGCUCUCCUUCUCCUCCGUCCCCCUGCAGAGUUGUGAGCAGGGUACACAGACUGUCAGCACUCGAGCUCGGAGCUGGACGGGACACUGGUUCGCUGUUAUUUUACUGGUCCGAUCGUCCCAAACCAGGAUGGAAAUCCGACCUCUGCUCUUGUAAGUUCUCUUUGUCCCGUUUACUUUCUGAUCAAUAACGUUCCGAAAACUCGAGAACUAAUUUCACUCAUCAAUUUUUUUCUGGGCAUUGAAAAAAGCAUGGACGAAAUUAUACAUUCUUGUUGUCAAAUUAGCUCCCCUAACGCCGGCUUUAAUCUCGAAAGUCCGUUUUUAGUUUGGUGCAUUUUCCAUUUUUAUCCACCGAGUACCGCGGAGAGCUGUGCCUUUCCACAACACCACAGCAGAUGUUGGAUGCUGUCGGGACGGGGCGCAAGAUCCCCUUCGUCCUAUGCUGACUUGGCAGAGUGCGGAAAGUCUGAACCAUGACCACACUGUAAAAAGUGUCAUAUUUUUUAUAGUGGUUAAAUGAUUUCAGAAUUUAUGUUUUGGUGUAAAAUAGUGUGAAACCUCGUGGAUUGAAUUAUUUUUGUUUAUUUACAACAUUUAAAAAUGCUUUUUACAUGAUCAUAUUUGGGGCAGAUGGGACAUAUUCUGUUUAACCCAAGGAUCCAAACACCCAAUUCUACAAAUUAUUUGCGUGCGUAAGAUGUUGGUAACACUUUGAGAGAUUAGCAGAACUCUUCUAUGUUUGGGGACAAUUAAUAACACAUUUAAGUUUGUAUUAUUUAUGUAUCUUUCCCAGUACUUAAUUCUGCAUUUUCAGAUAAAAUUGUUAACCUGCAGCUUUUUAAUGUUUUUAUUUAAUCUUUCCAAAUAGCUAAAGGUUAAACUUUGGCACUGCAUUUCAGGCAGAAUUUACUUGAUAAUGUGACCCAGUGUCUAUACCUUGAAAAUGUCCCUGAGCCCACUUUGGUACUUGAAAUUACAGGUUCAAAAGGUCACACCCGUGUAGGUCUGCUGAUGCAAAAAGUAAACUUCCCUGUCCAAGAGCCAUGUCGCGCAAAGAAGCGUUAAUUUUUUAGUGUUGCACUGCUCUGUAAAUAUGGCGCCAUCUUUAUUAAUAGCAAAACUUGUGUAAAAAGUUUUUAACACAUCUCUCUCUCUCUCUUUUCCCUCCCUCUCUGUCCCCUUCUCUGUCCCCCUUUCUCUCUCUUUCUCUCCUUUCCCUUAUUGUUUUUAUUGUGUGGUCUCAUUAGGGGGACUUCCUGGCAGGGCUGGGAGCUUGUAUCGGAGCUGUCCAAUCAGUGUAUUUACACGGGUUGUUAGCGACAGUUAA